AUGCGUCGAGAUAUUACUAAAGCGGUCAUCCUUUGCCUAGCAGCAUCUUCAGCAGCUUCACCCCUCGGGCGUCGCUCAUUCAAUAACAAUGUCGUCGACGAAUUCGAAAACAUCGAUGACUUUCCAAACCCUAGCCCGCAGCAACUCCUAGGUACAGAGCAGCGCGCUCAUGGUACUCUGAGCAACAGCACACCUCCGGCCUCGGUCAACCCUGACACAAUAACCAGUCUCCAGGUCAUCGCUGCCCAGGAGCAGUUCGAAGCGGCCUUUUUCCAACAACUUCUAACAAACGUCACUAAUGACGCAACUGGGUUUUGUAUCGAUGAUGCUGAAUCAAAGGAGUUUACCAUUCGAGCCCUCACGGCGAUUGUCGCUCAAGAGGAACUACAUGCUCUAGAUGCAAUUACCGCUUUAAAGCAUUUUGGUGAGGUUCCCAUCGAGCCGUGUUUGUAUAACUUCCCUGUUUCGACUCUGCAAGAGGCGAUUACCCUGGCUCAGACAUUCACCUCCGUCGUACUUGGAACUCUGCAAAACAUCGUGGUCAAUAUGGGUAAAAACGGCGAUGCUGGACUGACGCAGGAUAUUUCGUCUGUUAUUGGUCAGGAAGGUGAACAACAAGGCUGGUUUAGGAUAUUCAACGAAAAAAUCCCUAGCGAGCUGCCUUUUCUCACAAACUCUGUUCGUGACUUUGCCUUUAACGCGCUCAACCAAGACUUCAUCGUGCCGGGUUCCUGUUCCAACGUCGACCAAAUCGCGUCCCUGAAAAAACUGCAUGUCAUGCAACCUCUAAACGUCGUUAAAACCUUUGACCCUAGUGAAGAGGAUGAUGAGACCGUGCAAUUGAGCUUCGAGUUACCAGGUGGAUCUGACGCCAAGGACUUUGUAGUCGCAUAUAUCAAUCAACAGAAUACUCCUUUUACGCUUCCUUAUACUGAAGUCAAGUAUGAAGGCGGCGAUCUUUUGGUGCAGGCUCCGUUCCCGUUCAAAGAACAUUUACUUAAUGGACUCACAAUUCUUGUUAUUGUGCCGUCGUCUGCUACCGGGAACCUUGUAUCCAAUCAGGAUGUAGCUAAUGUUGCACUUGCAGGACCAGGGCUGGUCAUUGUGAAUUGA